AGUUGAGCUUCUGCCAGAGAAAAUUCUUCCCAUCAAUUGCAGAAAUAGCUAGCUCUUGCUCACUUUCUCUCACACUCUUUGUUAGUUAACACUACUGCUGCUUCAUUAUUUUGUGCUGAAUCAGAAAUGGGUUCUCUUGUGGGAUUGAUGUACCACUUAUUUCGUGUCAAAAUCAUCACUCUUCUCACAGAGAAGAGGGUUCACCCUGAUCUCUUUGUUCCCGAGAUUAACGAGGUUGAUAUCUACCAGUUUGAUCCUUAUGACUUGCCAGCGCUUUCAGAAACCAAGUCCGAUGACCAGGUGUGGUACUUUUUCUGUGAACCGCAUUAUAAGUAUGCCAACAGUAAACGUGCCCACCGAGCAACCGGAGGAGGGAACUGGAAAAUAACCGGUCGAGGCUGUGACGUGAAGGAUAAAGGAAGGGUGAUCGGUAAGAAAAGGACAUUGGUUUUCUGCAGACGUGGUAGUACUUCUAAGGAGAUCAAGACUGAUUGGGUUAUGCAUGAGUUCUAUAUCGAGGACAGCCCUUAUUAUGAGAAGAAUUUUGUUGUCUGUUACAUAGAAAAAACAAAAAAAAACAAGUCUAGUGUUUCAACACCCGAUGAUGGUCAACCGAGUCACAGUCUGUCUUCACAUUAUGAAAGUCGUGUUACAGAAAAUUCUUCUUCGGAGGUUGAAUCUCAGCAAACAAUGAGUCAGCAUUUGAUUUCUGAUUCUAGAAAGCAUAUUACAGAAAAUUCAUUUUUAGACGUAGAAUCUCCACCACUAUCAAGUAACAAUUUGUCUUCUGAUUCACUAAAUUGUUUUCCAGAAAUUUCUUCAGUGGUAGGACCUCAACUAGAACCUCAACUACUAUCAAGUGACGAAUUGGAUCAUUUUCAUUAG